CCCCACGUCAUCGCCAUCGGACCACCACUCACCACCGGUCACCUGUUGUUCUACUAUAAACUGCCGAGAAGUAAAUCGAGAGUUACGUCCACGAUUGUAAGCAGGAGGAAGAAGCAGCAGAUUCGUCAUGAAACCGAGAAACAUACGUUGUUUGAAGUUCUUUUUGGCGCUCUUGAACAUCGCUUUCAUUUUGUUUGGACUAUUCCUCAUGGCGAUCUGCGUGAUGCAAAUGCGCGAGCGCAAGGCCCGGCCGGAGAAGCAGUCGGCCUUGUCGCGUGGUGUGCUGGCCUUCCUCGUCACCGUGGCGCUGAGCUUGGUGGUGACGGCCUUGCUGGGCUGCAUCGGCGCUUUGCGGGAGAACGUCAAGAUCCUUUAUGUGCACGCCUGCUUCCUCAUAUUCCUGGUGUCAGUGGAGGUGGUGGUGGCGGUGGGUGGUGCGGCGCUGAACGCCUGGGUGGGCGGCUCCAGCGAGCUGAGGGUGGACUUCUACAGGAACUCCACCGUGGAGGAAGAUGGGCUCAACCAGCCUGUGUACUGGGAUACUUUGCAGUCUGAGAACCAGUGCUGCGGCGUGGACGGUCCUGAAGACUACGCCAUCCUUCAGCGCGAGAUCCCCACGUCGUGCUGCGCGCGCGCCCACCCCCUGCGCGAGGGGGAUGCUCGCAAGCACUUCCACUCCGCCUGCCUCGCCAACCAGCUGUACUACAUGCGGGGCUGCGAGCAGAUAUUGAGGCAGAAGAAAGCGCUGAAAACCAACAUUUUUAUAUCCACCGGUGUUAUUUUCAUCUUGUUUGAGAUUGCUUGCAUCAUUCUUGCUUUGUGGAUGGCCAGGACAGUGAGGACCGAACGUCGCAGGCUGCAACAGACGCUUCAGGCUCACUUUGAAACCUAAGCCGCAGAAUACACAUGCCUAAACUUAAAAACAUGAAAAAAAAACAAAUGUUUAUGGUGUAUUUAAAAGUACUUGGAUUUAAUAAUAUUAAUUGUACUCGUAGAUGGGUUAAACCAAAAUUAUUUAAAACAAAAACGUGUGCGUAUCGGGACGCUCGACAGAAGUGAUAACUUAAACCUGCCGUAUGCACGAGAUAAAGGGAAGACAGACAGAGUGAUACCGUUACGCGUUACGUUACUGAGCGGUUAACCCUCCCAUAAGUAAUUAUCACUUCAUUAAUCGUAAUUUAAUAAUUAGUGUCGUAAAUACUUGUACCUAUUGUGUUCAAAAUCACAAGGAAAGAGUUUGCUUCAAACAGUAGGUUGAUUAAUUAAUUUUUGUAUCUUAUAGGAUGUUUUAAAUACUUUAAGAACUUAGAAUAAUUUGUGAGAUUGUAAUAACUUUUAUUCUUAUUUCUUAUGUCAUUUUGUCAAAAUUUAAACACAAGUGAAAUCAUCAACAAUGACAUCCAUUGUUGGUGAUUUCACUUUAAAUUUACAAAAAUGUUAAUGUGUCGACUUUUCUACAAUAAUUUUACUCGCUUUGUAUUUUUUACACUUUGUCACUUUCACUUUGUUGGCAUGGCGCAGUGGGUAGUGAUAAGUGGGUAGAGUGAGGCCAUGGGUUCGAUUCCCUUAACUAUUAAAAGAGAUUAAGAUCUUGGCUUAUUAAUUUAUCUGCUUUAUGUUAAAAAUACGCGUAAUAUUACGCGUAUUUGUUGUAAGGUUGUAAUUCAUUUAUUCGCAACUACUAACAAACUUAAAAUUAAGUAAACUAAAACUUAACGCCUCUGAAAUUAUUUAUAGCAAUUUUUUUAUCGUCUAUUCUAUAUAUAAAUAUUAUUUUGAUUUAUUUAUUCUUUAUUGCACAUUUGUAAUUAAGCAAUGAAAUGAAGAAUACACAAGUGUGCAAAGACAAUAUGUAUCAAACAACUUUUGGGUUAAAAAAUCGUAUUAUCAAAAUAGUGCUUACGUAAAAAGGAAUGUUGUUACUUGGUCGUUAAACAGAAAUAUUCAUAUGCACCGCAACUAAAACGCAACCCACACGUCGAAUGCUACCCCAGUCAAAAUAGGAAAAUAUCGAUAAUCCUCGGAAUGGGAGAAAAUGAGCUUUAAACUCGCCUACAACUCAACUUCAUUCUGGUGUUAUAAAAGCGUUUUCUAAAAGUUUCAUCAAGUCUCGUAUAUGCGUCGUAAGUAAUAGGGAUGAUGACAGUUUUUAAAUUGUAUAUAAAUUAAGAGUAUGCUAAUAGUAUAUUUUGUAAAAGUAACAGGAUAUCUGCGAUCAUUACUUUCGGAGCUACAAGGAUUUAAAGGGUCAGAUUUGCGGCGCUGCUACAGAUCUCUGAAAAACGCCUCAUUAAAAUGGUACGAUUUAAUGACCUCGUAGAUUCAUAAUGAUCGUUAGAUUUGUAUGGGCGUUUAAACAAAAUUACUAAUAUCUUUGUUAUUUGUGCGUUUAUGUUUAUAGUUCAUUUAUUAAAAAAUGUCACAUUUAAUGUAAGGAAGCUAAAACUGUAUGAAUUUUCAUCUAAUUACUAUAAAAGAUUUUUAAUAGAUUUUGAAAUUUUAUAAUCUUAUUUAUUUAGCAAAUAUCAAGACAAUCUUUGCUUUUUAUGUAUAAAUUAGUUAACAUUGACCUUAUUUACAAGAAUGUAUCAUAAAAAUCUAUAUAUUCAAACUUAGUCAUCAUCCCCAUUCAAGGAAACUAAAGGAAAAUUUUGUAAACUUUAGAAAGCAACUAAAGCUGGUCUCCCACGAGUCAUACGCGUAGCAUAAAGCAGCUAAAGCUGCUCCCCCACGAGCGACAUGUUUGAUUUGAAGCUACGCGUCACUUGUCACUUACAUACAAUUUUUCUAUUUUUCGCAACACAACACGUCGAAUGUCAGUCGCACGCUACUGGGUGUAGCCCAGUUAAAUAAGGAUUUAACCUCUGAGAGAUAAUAUGUUGUAAAAAUGGUAUACACCUGAAAUUGUUUAAGUAUAUUUUAUUUGACGGCUGUGUGGCGCAGUGGGUAGUGACCCUGCUUUCUGCAUCAACGGCCGUGGGUUCGAUUCCCACAACUGGAAAAUAUUCGUGUGAUGAACGUGGGUUUUUUCCAGUGUCUGUGUGUAUUUAUACAUUAUAUAAGUAUUUAUAUGUAGUAUAUAAAUGUAUAUGAAUAUUAUAAUAUCAACUAUCUUAGUACCCAUAACACAAGCUACUCUGUAUGCCUACUUUGAGGGUAGAUAGUGAUGUGUUUUGUUUAAAUAUAUUUUAUUUAUUUAUUAAAUAUCAUCCUGAUAUUUUAAAAGUAUUCUCAAAAGUCUCAUAAAAUCUCGUGUCUGCGUCGUAAUUUCUUCAAAGUCGAUUAGUAUUAAUUUGUUAUAAGAUGCGGGUUCGAUGCCCACAAACGUGAAAACGUUGAAAAUAUACUUUUGCUGUUAACUGUGAUAAAAAGUAGUGACACUGUCAUUAGCUGCAUUUCAAUUGAGAGCUAUAAACUAUGUGAAUAUAAAACGAUUUUAAAGCUGUCAAUUUGGUGUGUGUUUAAUGCAAUUUGUGCAACCAAUUAAGCACCGAUGACUGUAAAUUAAAUAGAUUUAAAUAGAAUUCAGUAAAUCAGUCUCUUUAGAUUAUACUCAAAGGCAGAAAUAUCCGCCCACUUUAGUAUGACGCCAGUAAUAAGUGGGCGGAUAAUUGUGCCUCUGAGUAUAUUACUUUGCUUUGCAAUUAUCAAUAAUUAAUACGUGUUUACAUAAUCUAAAUUUUAUUAUGGAAAUCAUUUAUUUAUUACAGUGAAUGAUAGCUGUUAAUAUGUUUUUCUUAAAUUUUAAUAUUAAUUAGCAGUUUUAUUUGUAGAUUUAAAAAUAGUAAAUUAUUGUCAUUUAAUCAAUUUUGAAAUAAUAGUAAUUAAUUUAAAGAUUAUGAUAAAGCAAUGUGUGACCUGAUUAUCGUGUAGUUUCUAUGAUAAUUGUAUCAAGUAUUGUAAAUAAAUACCAUUUUGCUAGUAAAAUGGUUAAUUUACGUUUAGUCAUCAGUUAAAUAAGUAUACACAUAGAGUGCAACUUUGUUUGCGUACGCAUUUGUGCACUUCUGUUUAAUGUAGUCUAGUAAGGUAUUAGUAGAGGCUGAUGAUUGGUUGAAAAUAAAACGAAAUGAUUGGUUUAUAAGCAUUAAUGGGGCUGGGACUUUCUUUUAUGUAAAAACCUGUGCCUGUGAAGUUCUCGCUCUUCCUCUAUCACAUUGCUAGCAGACGGUUUCAUCCGUGUAGUUCCCGUUCCUGUAGGAAUAUGGGGGUAAAAUAUGGCUUAUUUUAUAAUUUUAUAAUAAUAUUAUAGAUUACACGACGUUUACCUUUAAAUUAGGUUCUUAGGUAGGUAUUAUUAUAAUUAAGUUGUUAAGAUUAUAAUUAUAAGAAUUUUUUGUAAUUAUAGCCUGAACUUUAGCUGAAGUGGCAAUGGGCAGGCCACAUAGUUUGAAGAGCCGAUGGACGUUGGGGUCCCAAGGUGCUGGAAUGGCGACCUCGCAUCGCAUAUGUUCCUUUAUCGACCUGUUUACUGAAUGUACAAGUAUUUUAUAUCAAACCAGCCGACGCACCCCGGUUUCACCCGCGUAGUUGCCGUUCCUGUGAGAAUACGGGGAUAAAAUAUAGCCUAUGACACUCACAAAUAACGUGGCUCUCCAGUAGUAGUAGAAUUUUCAAAAUCUAUUCGGUAGAUCCAGAGAUUACCAGAGGUUAUCUUAGAGUUACUUGUAGAGAAAAUACUUGUAAAGAAAAUACCUCUAUAAAAAUUAGAACAAAGUAUAUAUUAAAUAUAUUGUCAAUGCUUAAAAAAAAUUAGUCCGAGUAGUGAUUAAUUAACAAUUUUUAGACAACUCAUUGGUGUUAUAUAAUUAAUAUACUUAAUUUGAUAUAAAAAAACUUUUCAUUCAGUUAACAGGUCGGUGAACGCCGUCUUAUAUACGGGAUCUUAGACGUAAUAGACUUAUAACAUGCCUUAAACUUAGGCCAUAUUAUGUUGCCGAUGCUACUUAGUGUUAUUACUAUGCCCACUUCUGGCACAAACUUAAAACAGGGCUUCUUUCAGGUAAUAGGGGAGUGCUUGACACGUUUCACAUGAAAACUCUUUCUUUUAAACACUGAUAUUUUAUUUAAGAAGUUUUAUCAACAUUUGUAUUACACACUAAUAAAAAUAUCUUAAAAUCAAAA